GUUCGUAAUGCGGGCAGAUAUCUGGAUAUCGGGGUAUCCGCACGGUUAGCUUCGGUGUCUAUGGAAGCUUAGUAGGUGAUAGAGGUUUGAGUUUGGUCGGCUUACGGUCUGGCAGUGAUCGCGUGCGCGGGCCCCAAGACAUGACAUUGUAAACGACCGCUCGGUGCGUUCAUGACUUCCCAGGUCAACCUAUCAGUGGCAUGCGAUGCGGUGGCAGCGAGUGGCCCCACUGGUACCGUGACAUCCGAGCCCAGACUCGUCGCUGCGGCCUUGAACUUCGACCCCGGAACGUUCAUAACCGAGCACAGCGCACGCGUCCGACUGUCUAUCAACACAACCUUCCGAAGACGAACGGACACACCGAACAGGCAGCGAAGAUCCCUCCCAUCGGCAUCCCUCACUCCCUUAUCCUUAGUAGCUCCGGCCGGGGAACGUCUCGCCGAGGCGGUCCCCCCUUCUGUACACACAGCGCAUACAGGCACACACAUCGAUGCGCAAGCUCCGGAGGACCUGCAUUGUAUAGUACAUACAAAGACUGCGCGCGGACGCUCGCGAUCGCGCCAUGAGCAUGGGCCUAUUACGAAGUUCAUCAUGAUAUUCACCAGCCAGACGCGCACAGCACAGCAGCAGUCGACCGAGGAUUCGAAAUAAUCGAGGUCGUGUCAUGUCAGCGCGCAGCACCAUUCAUAAAGUUUGUAUGGGCC